CUCAGCUCGACCUAGCCCAUGAUCUAUGACAAAUGCAGUUUGAUUGGUGCUGGUGUAACAGAAUCAAAAUUUUCCUUUUUCCGUACAAAAUUCAGCGUGCCUCUUCAUCAAUUAACAGUUUAACACCCGUUAAAUCACAAAUUGCCGGACAUGCAGACGUGGCAGUUGUAUUCCGUCGCGGGUAUGAUUUCCGAUGGAAAAUCUCCGACGAAGAUACCCUAAUCUAACCAUUGAAGAACCUAGCCGAGCUUAGCCCUAGCUCCUCGGCUGGUCUAAUCCAUGGCUGAUCUCUUACGUCAAGGACGUUCACAAUUAGCGGGGAAUUAGUGAUACAAGUACGCGAAAAUAACAGGGAAGCCUGUGGCGGUGAAGCAGCCCGCGGUAUCGACAACUCUUUCGAUCCUUCGUGAUGAAGACAAUGAUGUUUCUGGUACAGGCAGCAAAAGGCAUGCAGUGGCUCCUCAAUCCUUUUUACAUCCCCAUUGAGAUCAAAUUUUGUAUCAUAAGAAGUCUUCAAUUAAAAUGGAGAAUCUCGCUCCUGCAAGUAAUUUGAUGAAGAACUUUGAUGCUAUGGCCAAAGAAAGCAUGAUCAGUAGGCUGGACCAUGGUAUCCUCAGCAUGGAGAGCCAUUCAACAAGAGCUGAGCAACAUCCAACCUUGGAGAAAAUGACAUCCCUUCAAAACCUUAAUUGCUAGAAAGGCCUUCUAGGGGUCCAAUGGUGGAUAUCUCAAAUGACAUUGGAGCAGGAUCUGCAGAUAGAAACCAGAACUUGGGUGACAAGAGGAAACCUGGAAGGGGAAGUGUUGUUUCUCCAUUCGAGGUGCCAAACUAGUCACCCCUCUCAAAAGUAACAACUCCAGUGCUGCUGUAUUAGUCUUUCUCAUCCCCUUUCUUCUUAGUUCUGUUGCAAUCUUCCCUACUCUAGUUAGUGUUUGCUUUGUAAUUCCAGUUUAAUGUUCAAUAUAAUCGAUCAGUUCUAUUGAAAGAGAGUCGUCCACUCUUAGUUUGUUACAUUGGUGCUUUCAUCGAUUCGAACUCCAAUGGCAGCGGUGGUUUUAGAUAAAUUCAGCGGCGGCAACCCAGAGGGAUGGGUUUCUCGGGCCGAGCGGUACUUCACCUUCCUUGGUUUCUCUCAAGAAUAUUGGUUACCUCUACCUUACUUCUACCUUCAAGGCGAUGCCCUCAUUUGAAUCGAUUGGCUACAUCGUAACAAACAAUUCUAUGAUUGGAACCAUUUCAAGGAGAAAUUACUUAUGCGAUUUCGACAACGGAGCUUCGCAAGUUCGGGAGAGAGUGUGGCCUGUUUUGACUCCAGUAGCGUCGGACCUAUAUCUAUACCAGAAGCCCUUCCUGCUGCAAUGGAAUCUAAUUUAGACAAUGCAAAACCAGAUGAGGUCACAGAAUUGAAGAUUGCUUUUGAUUUGGAUGAUGGCAACUUAAGUCCUAUUGACAAUUCCGAGGUCCCUCUUGAGAUGUUAGAAUCCCUGAUUGGUAAUACUUUGAACCCCACUGAUUUUACUUCCUCAAUAGUUUCAACCGGUGGCAAUUUUGAUGUGGAUACACCACUGGAAGUUAAUAUUGAUGAGGAGGAAUAUUCAUGGAACUAUGUCUGCAAGGUGCUUGCUGACAUUACCGAUAGGGAAAUCGACAUGGGCAUUGAAGAUUCAAUGAAGAUUGCCACCCAGGUGUUCGAGAAAAUGGGGCAUAAGUGCUGCACCAAGGUACUCUCUGAUGACUAUGAUUUGGAUGAUGGAAACUCAGAGGACGACAAUGUGCUUGCUGACAAUUCCCAAAAUGAUAUAUGCGAGUUGCCUAGUCAUAUUAUCGAUAUGACUUCAUUUCUGAUUUCUUUUGCUAAAUAUGAGUUUAAGGUUAAACAUAGCACCGCGCUAAUUAACGGAAUCAAUUGCCCGUUGGCAGACACCUUAAGGUUUUCCUGUCAAGUACUUUCACUGGUACCACACUCUAAUACUUGGGCUAAGGAUGCAAGAAUUAUUGGACUACCAACUUCUAGUUCUGUGGACAAGUGGUUCGACACAGGGCGGGAACUUAUCAUUGUUUCAGGUUACGCAUCUCUUCUUCAUAUUCCUUUAAGUUCUGCAUCAUAUGCACACACACUAUCUGAAGCAAUUAAAAAGGGAUGUAGUUGUUUAUUUGCAAAGUCGUAUAAUUUGGGGCAAUUAGGUGGAAUCGAAUUGGAUGUUGAGUCCUUUAAUACCAUGUAUCUUGAUAAAUGUUUCGGGGUACCGGAGAAUAUUGAAAAUCAACAUCUGGAUAAAUUUUUCAUGAAGUAUGCGCAAGGCCUCCCAGUAAAAGAACUUCAUUCGGAUAAAGUCAAGGUGAGAAUCUCCGAAUUUAUUGUGUCUGCAAAAAAUGAAUGCGAGGUUUUGGAGCAGGCAAUGGGGAACCAAUUGAUAGAUGCACGAAGGCAAACCAAAUUGACGACGGUGAGUUCUCCUGCUUAUUUUGGGUGCUAUAUUAUCACAAAGCCUCUAGAAAGCCUUUCCCCAAACAUCAAUUUUAUGUGGAGGGUGAAUCUGCAACUAUAUUCUUCUUCGCCAGCAGGUUUCGUUGUUUAUCUCACCUUUCCAAAUCUUCCAUUUGAUCCUGGUAUACAUGAUAUCCCUAUAGCCUUUGCUGUAGACCUGAAUAUGUUUACAAAUAGUAGUGUUCUUUCUAUUUAUGAUCCAAUAGCUACACUGUGGGGUGAUUGGGUUUAUAGUGAGGGAAAAUAAACAUCAUGUGUUGUUCUUAUUCUUGCAAUAUGUAAGGACGCAUGGCUAUUUAGGCAGGUUGUUGCGAGUCAACGCUUUGGCCUUUACCCCUAUGAUCCGGGACCCAAUGUUCAGCUACCUACCGUUUAUGGUCCUCUAUGUUGGAAAGGAACUGCUGCCAAUGUUAUGCUUUCUUUACAGAGUGGUGGUGUUGGUUGUACCUUUGAUUUUGCGUUACUAUCUCGAUCCAAACUGCUAAGUGCACCUGUUGUGGCUAUUGUUGACGCCCCGGAAGCUGCUAGUUGGAAUGGUCUGUAUAUUGCAAUUGGUUUUUUGGUUCCCUUGGCUAGCGGGGGAGUUUACUGGGUGGCGGACCAGAAAUUUCAGCAUGUUUUCUGCUUAUUCAAGCUAGUUACUCGCAGACCAAGGGGAGAGAUCGUUUGCAAUGCUCAUGUCACUUUGGAUUCCUUGUUCAAUGUUGCCACUGUCAGGUUCCUUCAAAAGAGUGACCAAGAAGACAAGGAUGCCACAUUUAUAAUACAGCUGCUCCACCUAUUUUUCAUACCAAUGUCUCCUAGGGAAAAGAAUUCCAACAUAUCCAUAGAAGUUGCUGCAGUUUUAAUAUACAAAGAAGUCCUUCAAAUGCUCUCAAUGGCUAAGAUGCUUGAAUUAUUUCAAAGGAAAUAUGCACGUUCUCUUGUAGUGGAAGUGAUAUUGAGUAUAUUUCAUCAAUUUGGAUGGAUUACCGCUACUGCAUAUUAUGCAAGUCAUAUUUUUGAUUUAGUUGAUAUCUCCAGAAGGAUUGCAUCAAUUCCUUUGGUGGUGUUGGGAUUUCUUGUGCUGGAUAAUUCAAAAUGUUCUUUACCGUGUGAAACCCAAACAUAUAUCAAUUGUCUUUCCUCAUUAGUAUUGAUGUACUCGAACCUUGAGGACAAGGUUCUUAUUGAGGAGGAGGGUAUUGUUAUGAAUAAUCUAGCCCACCCCAAUAUGGAUACUGACAAGGAUGUCACACAAAUUAAUAUUGGGCCGAGAAGAAGCAAUUGGGCCAGGCCUUCACAAAGGUUACUCUGGGAUCCAGGCUGAGGGCACUUUGUAUUCGUCAAAUAGUAUAUGGUAACACUAUCAGUAGGCUAUCGGGAAUUAUGUGCAAAGCUGAUACUUGUUAUGUUCUGUGGAGUACCAGCUAGAGAACCUGCCUGAUGAAUCUUUUUGAAAUAAAAGAAGUGAGAAGGAUGAGUCCAGACACUGCUGAAAAUUAUGUGUUCAGUGAUAAUUCUUGCUCAGGUUGCAUUGGAAUAUAGUCUUUUUGGUAGAUGCUGUCUCGAUCAGGAGCUUCCAUUCAGCCCUUUUUCGUCCUCGCCAAUCAAUUCCAUUAUUGUGUAAUUGCACGAAGUUCCUAUGUCCAGGGAGUUUGAUAUUGCUGCAGUGGUUGUUUUUGUGGGGCAGCAGUAUGCAGAUGCUGUAAACUACUUACAGUAUAUGACUUCCCUCAUAGCAACCAAUAUAGGACCUCUUAUUUUCUGGAAGCAACUUAUGUGUAUGGAUCAGCUUCUAUCUUCUAAUGACAUUUAUAUAUAAAACGUUCAGAAAAUCCUGUUAUUCAACUCUAACACAAGACUUCUCGGUCUGUAUUAUUAUUACUGCAUCCUUUAUAAAUAGAACUUCUCCUCUUAUGGUCUUUGCAUGUAUUCAUCCAGAACAAUAAGGCC